AUGGCCGCGGCCGCCCUCUCCUCGCUGAUGGCGAGCACCAGUCAGUUCACGCAGUUCCAAAACACGCUCAACUUCGUCAGCGGGGGAGCGAUAGUGGCAGGCGGUGCGGCCAGCAGCACCAGCAGUCACGUCAGCACGGCCAGUGUUGGGAGCACCCGGAGCGGUGGUGCCGGUGACGCAGGUUCCAGCACCAAUACCAACCACGGCGCGGCCGGCAGCGGAAGCGACAGUACCGGCAGCUGCACAACGAUCGAUGGCAACGAUGAGGUAGCCAAUACCUUUGACAGCACGCUGGCAGCUCUGGCGGCCACAACAGCAGCCAGCGGAAGCAGCACCAGCAACAACCAAGCUCAAGCUGGCCGGUUGGCCAACGACCCGUCAAACGAAGGGCACCGGAAACAUCGCUCGCAUCCGGCGGAUCUUUCGGGCAUCCUGAUAGGGGCCAACCUGCUCGACGGUGAUCGACGGACGGCCGAUUCCGCUAGCAACAGCGGACCACAGCACGGGCUACUCGCUUCCGACGACGCCACGGUGUCUGUUGUUGAUGAUGAAGUCUAG